AUUUAUUGUACACCUUGUACGCGCAAGACCUUUUGAAGAACUAAAUUGACCUUCUUCAGGUGGUUUUGAUAGAGGCCUAUAAAUUGAUUGUUUUCGGACUUGAACUUUAGUGGCGUAUCAGAGAGGCAACAGCUCUUAAUUGAACCGUAAAUCUGAAUUGGUUUUCUUUUUACAUUGGUUUUGUUCCGAGAUCUGAACCAAGGUGAAUAUACAAAAUGCAGAAUCUUAGAAAUCUUCAAGGGAUAUAUUGCACCUUUGAAUCUUCAUUGUUAAGUGGUGUGGAAAAGGAUAACUUUUGUGGAUCUCCAUCAACUGGAAGCUACUCUGGUAAUGGGAGCACAGUUUCACUGCUCGAUCAUGAAUCCCCUUCAAGUGACAAUGAUAAUCUAAGGGACCAACUCAGAGAACUUGAGACUGUUAUGAUGGAACCUACUUCAGAUAACUUUGACUCCAAUAAUUGGCAGCAUUUAGGGGAGAUGAUAUCAAGAGGGGAACUUAAAGAGGUGCUAAUUGCUUGCGCAAAAGCGGUAUCUAAUGAAGAUUUGUUGACAGCUGAGUGGUUGAUUUCUGAGCUACAACACAUGGUUUCGGUUUCUGGUGAACCAAUUCAAAGGUUGGGAGCUUACAUAUUAGAAGGGUUAAUUGCACGAUAUUCUUCUUCGGGAAUUUCCAUCUACAAAGCCUUAAACUGUAAGGAACCUACUAGCGGUGAAUUCCUCUCUUAUAUGCAAGUUCUCUAUGAAGUUUGCCCAUAUUUCAAGUUUGGGUAUAUGUCAGCAAAUGGAGCAAUUGCUGAGGCCCUGAAGAAUGAGGACAGAAUCCAUAUCAUUGAUUUUCAGAUUGCUCAAGGGAGUCAGUGGCUUAGCCUUAUCCAAGCAUUGGCAGCUCGACCCGGUGGGCCCCCACGAGUUCGUAUAACAGGCAUUGAUGAUUCCACGUCUCAGUUUGCUCGUGGAGGAGGAGUCAACAUUGUAGGGGAGAGACUGUGUACGCUUGCUAAGGCGUGUAACCUACCCUUCGAGUUUCAUGCUGCAGCACUUAGUUGUAAUAAUGAGGUUAAAAUUCAAAACCUAGUUUUGAAAUCUGAAGAAGCUUUGGCUGUUAAUUUUCCCUUCUUGUUGCACCACAUACCAGAUGAGAGUGUUGGACCUCAGAAUCAUCGUGACACGUUGUUGAGGCUUGUAAAGAGCUGGUCACCCAAGGUGGUUACCCUCGUUGAGUAUGAAUUGAACACAAAUUCAGCUCCGUUUUAUCCUCGGUUUCUUGAGACCCUUGAUUAUUAUUCUGCAAUUUUCGAGUCAAUCAAUGUCACCCUCCCAAGGGAUCGCAAGGAGCGUAUCAACGUUGAGCAGCACUGUUUAGCGAAAGAGAUUGUUAACAUUAUAGCAUGUGAGGGUGCUGAGAGAAUAGAGCGGCAUGAGCUACAUGGGAAGUGGAGAUCCAGGUUUUCAAUGGCUGGGUUCAGACCGUAUCCUUUGAGCCCGCUAGUAAAUGCUACUAUCAAGAACUUAUUGCACAAGUACAGCAGGAGUUAUGGACUUGAAGAGAGAGAUGGAACUCUUUACCUUGGGUGGAUGAACCGAGCAAUGGUUACAUCUUGCGCAUGGCAGUAAGGUUCAACAAAAUGGGUGGACGAUUUAAUUCGCAACGAAGUACUCCGUAUUAUAUAUAUGUCCAACUUCCAAUAUUGAAAUUAUUUCAGAGGUGGAGCUCCAAAUAUUAUUGGUCAUAAAGAGGACUUUCACUACCAAGAGACUUCAACAUCACCCACUCAGAAGUCAGAACCUGAAACGGAUGCCCAGGCCUCAAAACUGAUGCUCAGGCCUGGAAACUGAACAGAUUUCUCCACUUGAAAUGCACUGUCAACAUCUAUCAUACCAUCAGUGAAGUGGCUAAUAAUCUAGCCUGGUUUUCCAUCCGUAUGAAAGAUGAGCUGUCGCCAUAAUUGAGGGCAUUUUUUAUGCCGCUGCUGCAAUCUUCUCAAGGUUCUAUCACAUAACAUGAUGCUUGUCUAGAUUUUAGCCAUUUGAUUACUCCAGCUUUAAUCUGUUAGCGAGUAAGUUGUAGUUAUGUUUAUGUUGUGGUUUUCUCCCUUUCAUGAAAUGGUGAGAAGUUUUCUUAUGCUUUCCUCAAAUUCACACUCCUGUACUGGUCCUUUGUGCUGAAGCUGAAAAAAACCACAGCUUUCGAAGGAAUCAAAACCGUUAUGUUUGCUAUUCAAUUGAUAUUAUUUCUAGUUUUUGUA